GUCUAGACCAAACCCGUUGACAUGUUGAAUGAAAAAUGUGCCCAGAAAGCGCUUCCACCUGAGGUGGAGGAGAGAGGACACUGGGGGAGCAAGGUGGAGUUUCUGCUGGCCGUGGCUGGAAAUGUUGUCGGCCUUGGCAACGUCUGGAGGUUUCCUUACCUCUGCUACAAAAACGGAGGGGGUGCAUUCUUGGUGCCAUAUCUGGUUUUUGUGGUGACCUGUGGCGUACCUCUGUUCCUGCUGGAAACAACCAUGGGCCAGUACACACAGGAGGGGGGCAUCACCUGCUGGAGGAAGCUGUGUCCGCUUGCAGAAGGUAUAGGCUUUGGAGGGCAGCUGAUCCUCUUCUACAGCUGCAUGACGUACAUCAUUAUUCUGUCCUGGGGUUUGCUCUAUUUGGUCUUCUCCUUCAGCUCCCAGCUCCCCUGGGCCAGUUGUGACAACUACUGGAACACAGAGGACUGUGUGGACUUUUCAACAAACAGCACCUUCCAGUGGACCAACAGGACUAAUUCCACCUCAGCGGCCACAGAAUUCUGGGAACGGCGUGUCCUGGCUAUCUCAGGGGGAAUUGAGGAGGUGGGCAGCAUCAGGUGGGAGGUGCUGUUGUGCUUGAUUGUAAUGUGGAUCAUUUGCUACUUCUGCAUCUGGAAAGGAGUCAAGUCCACAGGAAAGGUGGUGUACUUCACUGCCACCUUCCCAUAUGUCAUGUUGUUAAUCCUUUUGAUUCGAGGACUAACUCUUCCCGGCGCCCUUGAAGGAGUCAUUUUUUAUCUUCUUCCUGAACCGUCCCGACUCACCGACCCUCAGGUGUGGAUGGAGGCCGGCGCGCAGAUCUUCUUCUCCUACAGUGUUGGAGUGGGCUCUCUAACUGUGCUGGGCAGCUACAACAAACACAAUAACAACUGCUACAGGGACUGCCUGUGGCUGUGUUUCCUGAACAGUGCUACCAGUGUGGUAGCUGGGUUCGCCGUGUUCUCUGUGCUGGGUUUCAUGGCUCAUCAGCAAGGCAUUCCCAUUGCAGAGGUGGCUGAGUCAGGUCCAGGCCUGGCAUUCAUCGCAUACCCUCAGGCGGUGGCCAUGAUGCCUCUGCCCCAGCUCUGGUCCAUCUGCUUCUUUGUCAUGCUCAUCCUCUUGGGUCUGGACACAGAAUUUGUCGCCAUGGAGGUGGUGAUGACGUCCAUCAUUGAUAUGUUUCCCAGAGUUAUGCGACGGGCAGGACGCCGGGAGAGCUUCCUCCUGCUCUUCUGUCUGAUUUGCUUCUUCUCUCAACUCGUCAUGAUUACCGAAGGAGGGAUGUUUGUGUUCCAGCUGUUUGACUACUAUGCAUGUAAUGGAGCCUGCAUCCUCUUCCUCUGUGUGUUUGAAACUCUGUCGAUGGGCUGGGUGUUUGGGGCAGAUCGGUUGUAUGGCAUCAUCGAGGAUAUGACAGGGGUGAAGGCCAAUCCUUUCUUCAAAAUCUGCUGGCUUUACCUCACACCACUGGUCUCACUGGGAUCUUUCAUAUGUUCCUUAGUCAAGUAUCAGCCUCUGACCUUUAAUCGCUGGUAUGUCUACCCAUCCUGGGCUUACGUGUUGGGCUGGGUGCUGGCUCUCUCCUCCAUCCUGCUUGUACCUGGGUGGGCACUUUAUAAGAUGAUGACCGCAAGCGGCACACCUAGACAGCGCCUCCAGUACUUGUGCCAGCCUGCUCUAAGUGACUCACCAACUCAAAUAAGAGGAGCCGAGCUGCAAAACAAGGGUGUUGACCUGAUGCAGCCAUUCAUGGUCAACUGACAGCAGAUGUACAGACUGAUGUACCUGGAACUCCUUAAAAUUACAAUUUAACAUGUUAACCAGCCUCACCUGUUGCUCUCCUGUGACGUACAACAGCCACAAAUGAAAUGCACUUCGCACCAUCACCUUUAGAAAUAACUCACGUUUUAACAGCACUGCCUCAAACGUGUUCAAAGUAACUCAGAGUUUGUUUGUUUUGUACCUUCUUCAGUUCUGCUCUUUAUGAGAUUUCAUUCUGAACUUUCUUUUCAGAUAAUAUUAAUCUCCUGUGUUCAGUAUUUAACUUAUUCGGUUAUCUGUUUUUCUUUCGUGACUCAGAAACACAGCUUAGUCAAUGACAUGACUGGAAAGAGUACAAAGAUGAUGUACUCAAGUAAGAGUACGGUUACUCUUACUUGAUCAAAUUUGACCUAAUUACAAGUUACCAGUGUAAAAUGUUACUCAAAUAAAAAGUACCAAAUUAAAAUCUUACUUUAAGUAAAAGUUACCUUGCUUCUUUUUUAUGAGCAGAAGAACAUUUUACUUAUGUAUUUUACAAAGGAAAAAAGGAGAUAUUGGUAUACUUUUGAUUGAAGGAGCAGCUUUAUAAAGAAAAAUGCAACAUAAAAUUCAAUAUGUAAUAUAUCUCUAUGAGAUAUGCAAUAGAAAAACAUGCUGUCUCAUGUUGCUGUCAAUAUAUAUCUCUAUGAGAUAUAUUACAUUGCUUUUUUCACAGAGGCACCUCUGUCUUCCAAUUGAUGCAACAACGAAGGGAUCUGAUUACUAACCCACAGAACGAUCAGUGCUGUUUUAUUUGGUAUUUUUUAUUUAUUUGAUAUUUUUUACUCUUUGAUGGAUAUAAUUUCAAAUGUAAAAUACUUUACUCAAAACAAACACUUAGUAAAUGUAAAGGUUUUUCUACCUUUACAUUUACUAAUGUAAACCGUUCAAAUUGUGCUUAAUUACAGUAAUGCUGAAUAUGAAUCUGGUUGUUUUUGCUGUUGUUAACACCUUUGGUACUAAGAUUUACUUUCUUAAACAGAUACUUCAGUUGUUUUCGGAAAAGUUUCUGUUAAAAGCUUGAGAGCAGUUUCUGUCUUAUCUGUAGCAUUUAUUUAUCAGAAGUGAAUUGUUUCGCUAGGCUGAAGCUGAUGACUAGUUUGAGGGGAACCCAGGACCAAAGCUGAAUUCUCCCAUCCCUGAAACGUCCGAAGUUGAUGUGAACUACACAAAUCUUUAAACAAUCCUUACUUUUGCAAUGGGUUAACAGGAAUUUCCACUGAAAAUGGAGGCAGGAGGCAAUGCAGUAGCACUAGUGUUCCUGUGAGAAGUGUACUCAGAGCGGAACAUGUAAUAUGUUUUCUGAUAAUUACGUGCAAAAUGGGUUAAACCUGUAUAAAUAAAUGUUUUUUUAUUAAUUUUCUCUCUGUGUUGCAAAGACUUGAAACACUUUACAAGUUUUCUACUACUUCCUGUGCCAAUAAAUUAACAGCUUCUGCGCAAA